ACAUAUUUUACAAACUCCCAGCCAGAUGUGCAAGGCAGGAGCAAAACAUCCAGCUUUUAAGUGUUUUACACGUUAUUUUCAGCUGGUUUUGGCCAACUUUAGAUUAUUUAUGUGGCUCAGAAGGAAACAGAAGAAAUCAAAGGGACAGUUUAUUUGAAGCAGGUUCUGCUCAUAUCAAGUGCCCUUCACUUUAGUGACACAAAUAUCAGCCCAACAGGCUUGGUGUGGAACUUAGACCAUAAUGAAGGGGGAAUAAGGCUCAGGACAACUUAAUAUUAACUUUUGGUACAUUUGCAACAAAAUUUUAGCGGUAUGUGAUGUUUCCACUAAAUCAGAAUGCAGCUUGGAAACGGUGAGGGGAGGUGGGAGUCUGAAUAAACACAUCUGGCAAAAAAGAAAGAUAAUUCAGGUCCGAAGGGUCAUUCCCUUCAGUUCAAGUGCAGUGGAUUGCCCUUCCUGGAUCCAACAGUAGGGGCGUGGGAAGCUUUCAGAUGUCAUAGGGUUGUAGAUAACAUUUGAACAUAUGAUUAGCUUUCGUGAGCUGUCUUUAGAAACCUUACAUUUUUCCCCCCCACACCUUAGCCAGAGAUCCUUCCCUUGAGGUUUUGGGACACUUAAAAUGUUGCUUUGCCAAAAAUCAAGGAUGUGGAGAAGGUUUUCCUGUGUGAUGUCAUGUUGCUGCCCUUUAUAAGCCUCUGCAGAGAAGAAGGGAUCCUGUCUGAGGAUUCACACUCCAGGCACGAGGGGAGGCGAGGAGCCGACGCUGACCCACCAUGGAGCGGCGAACCAUUCCCCAGGGCAUUCCCUGCAGCUCCCUGCUCCUGCUGCUCUGCAGCCUGAAAGCUUCCCUCGCCUUCCCCAACUCCUCUCCACUGCUGAGUUCCAGCUGGGGCAAUGGAGACCACCUGAUGCACCUCUACACCGACACAGAGAGGAGCAGCUUCCACCUCCAAAUCAACGCUGAUGGCUACAUUGAUGGUGCUCCUCACCAAACCAUCUACAGUGCCUUAAUGAUCAAGUCUGAGGGUGCUGGCUCAGUAAUAAUCACAGGUGUGAAGAGUGGACGCUACCUGUGUAUGGACAUGAAAGGAAACAUAUUUGGCUCGCAUUACUUCAGCCAAGAGGACUGUGUGUUCACCCACAGGACGCUGGAAAACGGGUACGAUGUGUACCAAUCCCCCAAACACCACUUCUUGGUGAGCUUAGGCAGAGUUAAACAAGCCUUCUCCCCCGGUAUGAAUCUACCACCAUACUCCCAGUUUUUGUCCAGGAGGAACGAGAUCCCUCUGUUCCGAUUCAACACCCCCGAGCCCCACAGACACACCAGGAGUGCAGAUGUUGAUCCAGUAGAUCCUCACCAGAUCCUGGUUCCGCAGAGGAAGGCCCCGGUGUUUGGCUCCCUGCAGCAGCAGCCAGCAGACUUUCCCCACAUGCCCAGGGAGCCCAUGAGGAUCAACCAGAACGACGUGGUGAACCCCGAUGAUCCCCAUGCUAUGAUGGAGGCCAGGAGGUACCCCAGCCCCCGCUUCUACAUCACAAGAUAACUGCGGCCCCUCUGCUCACCAGGUGAAGACGGGCAAAAGGAACUGUCUGUCACACUCAGCCUGAAUGCUAAAGUGGCUCUUAGAAACCUGGGAGACACUGGGAGAAGUUCCUUAGCUUCAAAUCUUGUUUUGUGAGUAAACUGCCAUCUGUAAGUACAAGUCAGAUUUUUCCAGCUUGGGCUCUACUGGAAAGAAGAUCCAUUUUUGAAAAGAGUAACACAAAUCAAACCUUUUGGGGUCUGAAUCACCUUACAUUUGCUUCAAUGAGGAAAACAAAAAAAGAAAUCCCUUGUAUGAAAUGGGAAACUGAUGUUAUGUUACCGAUGUAGAGACCUGGAGCAUCUGUUAUUCCAGCAGAGACAGGGAAUCCGCUUAACUAGCACCAUCCUGUCCAAGCACAGCAGACAAGCUCCAGGUGGUGUGUUAUUUUACUAUAUCAAAAUUACCAUGUCAUAUAUCCAAUAUCUGAAGGGGCUACAAGGAAGCUGGAGAGGGGCUCUUUAUCAGAAAUUGCAGAGACAGGACAAGAGGCAAUGGCUUCACACUGACAAGAGUAGGUUUAGAUGGGAUAUUAGGAAAAAAUUGUUCCCUGUGAGGGUGCUGAGGCCCUGGCACAGGCUGCCCAGAGAAGCUGUGGCUGCCCCAACCCUGGAAGCGUCCAAGGCCAGGCUGGAUGGGCUCUGAGCAACCUGGGAUAGUGGAAGGUGUCCCUGCCCAUGGCAGGGGGUUGGAGUGGAUGAGCCUUAAGGUCCCUUCGAACCCAUUCUGCGAUUUUUUGUUUUUAGCUUUUAAGUUAGAGCUUCAUUCUCUCCUCACCCAUAUGAGUUAAAAAAAGAUCACUCUGCUGUCACAGGAGCAGUAGACAUGGAGUACUGGAGAAACUGACAGGACAACAGGACAGGAUUAAAGGGAAAAAUAGCAAUUUCUGACACUGAACCCAAGCUGAGGUUUUGAAAAAAAGAGGAGAGUCUCACUCUCUCUCAAGUGGCUCUCUAUUACAGUUCUACAUAUACUAAAUUCUAACAUCCCAAUAUGGGAAUAAAGAUCAUUAGUUUUGCAUAUUUCCAACACAGAGAGAAGUACUAGGAUUAACAAUAAUCAAUAGUGUGUUAAACAGGAUGUUUUGUUUUGCAUAAUACUGAACUCUACAGGGGGGAAAAAAAAUGUUUCAUUAGGAUUGAAGGAUUAAUAUUUAGACUAUAAUGAAGACUCUCAUCUAAUGAGUGAAAAUUAGGUUUAUAUUUAGAAAAGGAAUGUUCAAUUAGCAUCCAUGUUUGUAUUCAGUUCUGAGCAGAUAUCAGAUGCUUUAUACUUGUAGGAGUGAAAUUAUAGUAUUUAUUAGGAGAUCUCUAAUGGUGACAAAACCUUUUCCCUAGAUUGUUUUAUGCUUUGGGUAAGUUCACUUUGAAAAAGCUAUUCUUGAUGAACUCUGCAGAAAUCAGGUGCAAGACACUGAUGAGCAGCACAAAAUCCAGUGUGGCAGAGAUUUGAGGUUUUUAUUUUGUGGGGUUUUUUCUCAUGCUGAAACACAGAUUCUUCUGUUCUGUUUAUUUAGAGUAUUUAUCAGCUUGACAACAAUUUGAAGUGGUACACUGCUCCUCAGAGUGCUCAUGGCAGCAAAGAAAGAACAUUAAAUUGGAUGCUGUUCUUUUUUUCUUUCUUAUGAAGUAGUUCACUGAAGCCACUGGAGUUACAUCAGUGCAACAAAAUCAAAAUAAGAACCCCCUGGGCUUCUUGCUUUCGUUUAAUUUUUUCUGGAUUUAGCACAACAGCAGGACUGCUGACAGCUUUUAAAACAAUCUAUUUCCAUCCCCCCCAUAUUUGCAUAUAUACACAAUAUCUCUUUAUCUACCACAUCCAACUCAGUAUGUUGGAAAAGUCAUAGGUCCUGAUUCUGCUCUUAGAAUGGUUUCCCUAAAUGGAGAGAUUCCUAAUUAGUAUAAUUACUUAGGGACACAGGACAAGCCAAACGAUCAGGAUUAGUCUAAGAGUUCCAUCCCUUGGAAUUUGUUUUUCUAAAGUUAUUGCAGUUUUUGAUUAAUUUCUGAAGAAAAAGAGUGAUUCAAAGAAGUAAAGGGAAUUGCAGGCAGGCAGACAAUCGUGCUUUUUCUUGCUUAUUCAAAAUACAGCAAGACUUUUUAACUUGCUGACUAUACAGUGGAGAGGUGUGAUUUUAUUUACGUUCUAUAUCUUUACUUGAUUUGUAUACUGUUAUUCUUGGCUUUUGCUCCCUGAGAACUCUGGACUUCAAGUACACCAGCAAAGUUUGCAUUUUGCAUUGAUUGUUGGAAGCUCCACAGAGCUCUUCUCUAGGACUCUGAGGCAACUGCCCCACAAUAACUGGAACCACUAAAAGCUCUGUCCACAUUAAAUUUUGAUGGGAAAUAUUGGUGGGGUUAAAUCUAUAGACCAUCUCUAUAUUCCUGCACUAGAACAGAGUAAGAAGGGUUACUCACUCUAUCAGUAGCCAGGGGAUAAGUAAGCUAAGACUGAAUAGAUGGUGGAUUUUCCAUCAAAAUGAGUAAUUUUAACUAUAGGCAACCGUAUCAAAACUUAAAAGAAUUUAUUCUUCAAUGGAGAUGCUGGAAAUCACCAGCUAGUAAGAAAGCAUUACUUAUUUAUGUCACAGUAUUUAUUUAUUUAUUUGAGUGGGUCUUAAAUCCCACAGAAUAUUUAUAUGUAUUUAUAAUAAUGUGUUAUAGAGACUAUAAUUCCUUUUAUAAAAGUAUCAAUAAACUUUUCCAUUC